AUGAUGCAAUUCUUUUCGGUUGCUUUACUAGCAACUAUUACCAGUGCCCUGUCUGUGUCUAAUUCGGCAAGAUCUUUCUCGACUUCUCCAAUCUUGCGCACUACUACGACAUCAUAUACCUCAACCUCGACAUCUACGACAUCCAGUUCAACCUCCACCUAUACUACUUCUUCCAGCUCAACCUCAACAACCACUACUACAUCCAGCCCGUCAUGCACGGCGGGAGAUACCUCUACAACCACAGGUGUGGACGCUAUUAUAGACUCUACCGGCUUUGUCAGAUGGCUUGACGUCAUGUUAAAUACUUUGCCAGAUGGCGAGAGUGACUGGGUGAAUCAGUUAUGGUUGAACACUUUCCCCAACGAGGGUGCAUCUCCUCUCUCAGGCUGUAGUGAGAUUGGUGGCGACUGCUCCCCUGACGACCUAUGUUCUGUCUACCCAUCCCAACUACAAUACUGGGUAUUUCAUGAGAUUUAUAUUCUUCAUAGCAAGAUCAAUAUGAUCCACGAACAGUUACUAUGGACAGGGUGGUUGGAUAGUCUCUCAAUUGAUCAGAUUGGCAAAGACUUCACAACUAUCACUCCUGCCCCUGUUUGGGCCAAAUGGAUAGCUGCUGCCUUCAGUAUGGCUGGGUCCUUUGCUAGUACAGUUGAAAUUGGAACAACACAGCUUCGAGGAAUGAUUGGCUUUACAGGUUCUGCCUUCACUGAGGUUGGCCUCACAUCUACACAAUCCGACAAGGUCGACACUACGACGGUUGAGGAUUUCCUCAAGUCUGUUGUUGAAUCUGCUGGUGACUACAUCGCAGAAAUUUUGACAAACGCGACUGGAAACGGUGACUCGAGCUACCUUCCUAUCCAUACUGAUUCAGAUGCGACACACUACACAGCAAAAUUCCUCAAUGACGAUACCAUUAUGCUUGAUAUUAACAAGGAUAACUCCUCGUUGGCCUCGGCCUACGAGUAUUUUAUUGACAAUCUUGUUAGUUCAUGUUAA